AGGUUGAAGACAAAUGAUUUCUUCUCGUUUUCUGAGUGCAGAAUCAAGAGCAAGAAAGGGACAGCCAACUAGAGACGAUGGAAUUUUAACUUUUUACUCGCCAUCUCUCACUCUAUUUUCUCUGUAGAAGACAUUCAUUUAUCCUUCUUUCCCUCCCAAAAUCAUGGCUCCAUCUUCCUCGCUAACGAUUCUCAGUGUUUCCUUUUUUCUCUACUUUUUUGCCGCACAAGCCGUGCAAGUGCCAUUUCACCCGCAGGAUCUUCUACCCUUGUUGCCGAGGCAAGUCUCGUGGCCAAUUCUCAAUUAUCUCAACAGUGCCGUUGACCUUUUGCCAACGUUUGUGGGAGCUGCCUCGUCUCCAAAUGGAACCGUCGAGUGGAAGGGUGCCUGUUUCUACGAGAACGAGGCUUGGAUGGAGUUCCACAAUAAGACUGGCAGUGAAUUUGGUGGUGGAACACUUCAUAUCAAGGUUAGCAAGGCUCAUAGCUGGACAUGUAUGGAUCUUUAUGUCUUUGUAACUCCAUACCACGUUACAUGGGAUUAUUAUUUUCUUUCUCGGGAGCAUACAUUUGAUUUUAAAGAGUGGGAAGGGAAAGCUGAGUAUGAAUACGUGAAAAACAAGGGAAUUUCAAUUUUCCUCAUGCAAGCAGGGAUGCUGGGAACUCUUCAAGCACUGUGGGAUGUCUUUCCACUAUUUACAAAUACUGGAUGGGGAGAGAAUUCCAAUAUUGGAUUCCUUGAGAAGCGCAUGGGGGCUACCUUUGAACAGCGUCCAAAGCCCUGGGUUACCAAUGUCAGUGCUGAUGAUAUUCACUCGGGAGAUUUGCUUGCAAUAUCAAAAAUUCGUGGGAGGUGGGGUGGUUUUGAGACUUUGGAAAAGUGGGUUAGUGGAGCUUAUGCAGGUCAUACUGCUGUUUGCUUAAGGGACUCUGAAGGAAAAUUGUGGGUUGGUGAAUCAGGACAUGAAAAUGAACAGGGGGAAGAUAUUAUUGCUGUGUUACCGUGGGAUGAAUGGUGGGAAUUUGAGCUGACUAAGGAUGACUCUAAUCCACAUAUUACACUGCUUCCUCUGCAUCCUGAUGUGCGGGCCAAGUUUAAUGAAACUGCUGCAUGGGAGUAUGCAUUGAGCAUGAAUGGCAAACCUUAUGGAUACCAUAACAUGAUAUUUAGCUGGAUAGACACCAUAGAUGGGAACUAUCCACCCCCCUUGGAUGCACACCUGGUUGCAUCUGUUAUGACAGUAUGGAACCAAAUACAACCUGCUUAUGCUGCCAACAUGUGGAAUGAAGCCUUGAACAAGCGACUCGGAACAGAGGGUCUUGAUCUUCCUGAUAUCUUAGUAGAGACUGAAAAGCGUGGAUCAUCCUUUGGUGAACUGUUGACAAUUCCUGAACAGGAUGAUUGGCUAUACACUGAUGGGUAUUCAACCUCCUGCAUUGCUUUCAUUCUGGAAAUGUACAAGGAAGCUGGACUAUUUGAUCCAAUUGCUAGUUUUAUACAAGUGACUGAGUUUACGAUUAAAGAUGCCUACACACUCAGGUUUUUUGAAAACAACUCAAGUCGCUUACCGAAGUGGUGCAAUGAUGGAGACAAUGUGAAGCUCCCCUUUUGUCAGAUUCGUGGCAAGUAUCGAAUGGAGCUACCAGGAUACAACACUAUGGAUCCUUAUCCCCAUAUGAAUGAAAGAUGUCCAUCACUUCCCCCAAAAUACUCUAGGCCACAAAAUUGCUAAACAACUUUAAUUUCUCUAAGUUAUUAUACAACGGAUGACGUCAUUGGAGGUUCAUGCAAUGCACUGUCUCUUGAUACAACAUCUGGAAGCUGCCCAAAGGAGAGUUUAGCAUGUCGGUUGUAGAUAUGGCAAUGAUGCUGUAAAAUUUUAGAGCAUUAGCUAUUAAAUGUAUGGUUUAGAGAGUUGUGAGAACAUGAAUUGCUGUGCACAGAAUGUUAGACCGUUUUAUGUAGGGUUGAGCAAAGUUCAUUUAUAAUUGAAUUGAACUAAUUUAAUUUGGAUUUUCGUUUUA